UUAAACUGAUGCACAUCGGUUACCACAAGGUGGUGAAAUUUAACUGCACGGUUUGCAUGUUAGAAAGUGAAUUAACAUAGUCAACGUUAUUUGUACCGAUUUUCUUUGCAAUCGCAGCUCCUAACGAGGCAGGUUACGCUUUUUAUUUAACAGUAAAUUAACACCUUACUGCGGGAAAAACGCGCUUUAACUUGUUAGCUAGCUAGCAUAGCUUUGAGUUCACUUCUGCUGGAGCAGUUCAUGCUACAGUAAUUAUUUUGACAACUUGAUAAAGAAACAGAGUAAGAACAGGGAGCGAGUCUUUGACCAAAUGAUGGAGGCAUCAGCGGAAGAUGCCACGGAAACGGCAACACAAGUAGCUGUGAAAGGUGAAGCUGCUAUCAAACAAGAAUUUAUCACCACCAAAGAUGCAUUUCAUGGCUUUCUGGAUUCAGAAUGGCAGGGCUCCAAAGGAGAAAAAGCCGCUGAAAAUGACACACUACAAGAGAAAAAGGAUCCCUUUGUGGACGAACCUGAAAGUAAAAAACCCAAACUGGACCCUGAAGAUGUGAAGAAAACAGAAAAACAGGAUAAGAAAAGAUUUCGGGGUCGGAAUAAGUCGAGGCCACACAUAAAACCCACCACUUAUGAAGAAAAGCGACUGUGUUUGUCAGUCAUUCAGAAAAACGGUGAAUGUAAGUUUGGGGAGAAAUGCAUCUUUUACCAUGAUGUCGCAGAGUACUUGGCCAAUAAGCCUGCCGACAUCGGGGAAUGUUGUUACCUCUACGACACGUUUGGAAAGUGUGAAUACGGGCUUGCCUGCCGCUUCGCCAAGGCACACACUACAGCUGAUUUUAAAACCAUGGAGAAGGCAGAGCUGGUCGAAGCUUACGAAGGAAGGACUUUGGUGAAGAACAGCCUGAGUAAAGAUCUGCAAUAUCGCCUGAGGAAACGUUCUGUCAUCUUCAAAAAGUCAGAGGAAUACCUGAAAACGCUUUCAAACAACAAAAAUAAAAAGGAACAGCAGGGAAAUGGUGAUGUUUGUACAGCAGAGGUAUCUGCAGAGCCAAAAGAAGAAAUUCAGCAUGUUUCUACAGAAGAACCGCUGCCCACCUGUCCAGAUGUCCAGCCGCCAGUAAAGACUGUAGGCCCACUAACUGAUGCCGACGUUAUCAAACUGCGGCCCUGUGAAAAGAAAAAGGUGGACUUCCAAGACAAGCUCUAUCUCGCUCCUCUAACAACUUGUGGGAACUUGCCGUUCCGUCGUGUGUGCAAGCGCUUUGGCGCAGACAUCACUUGCGGGGAGAUGGCCAUGUGCACGAAUCUGCUGCAGGGGCAUCAGUCAGAGUGGGCCCUCCUGAAGAGGCAUGAGAGCGAAGAUCUGUUUGGUGUUCAGGUUGAAGGCUGUUUCCCUGACACCAUGACACGGUGUGCGGAGCUCAUCAGCAACUACGCCGACGUUGAUUUUGUGGAUAUCAACUCUGGCUGCCCCAUUGAUCUGGUUUACAAGAAGGGUGGAGGAUGUGGCUUGAUGACCAGAACCAGAAAAUUUGAACAGAUUAUCAAAGGAAUGAAUUAUGUCUUAGAUGUCCCUAUAACCGUCAAGAUCCGCACUGGUGUUCAGGAGAAGUCCAGCAUCGCACACAAACUCAUUGGAGAAAUGAAGAACUGGGGCGUCUCCAUGGUUACACUGCAUGGCCGGUCCAGGGAGCAGCGCUACACAAAGUUAGCUGAUUGGGACUACAUCAGCACAUGUGCCAAACUGGCCGACCCUGUUCCACUCUUUGGUAAUGGAGACAUUCUGUCUUAUGAAGACGCAGUGAAAGCGAAAGAGACCGGUGUUUCUGGCGUCAUGAUUGCAAGGGGUGCCCUAAUCAAGCCUUGGAUCUUCACGGAGAUAAAGGAGAGCCGACACUGGGACGUCUCGUCCAGCGAGCGGCUGGACAUCCUCAGGGACUUCACCAACUUCGGGCUGGAGCACUGGGGCUCCGACACUCGGGGCGUUGAAAAGACCCGAAACUUCCUGCUGGAGUGGCUGUCCUUCAUGUGCAGAUAUAUUCCCGUUGGCUUGUUGGAACGAGUUCCUCAGAAGAUCAAUGAGCGGCCGCCAUAUUACAUGGGCAGGAACUUCUUGGAGUCCCUGAUGGCCAGUCAAAAUGUUGACGACUGGAUCAGGAUCAGUGAAAUGCUCCUCGGACCUGUCCCGAAGAAUUUCAACUUUUUACCUAAACACAAAGCAAAUUCCUAUAAGUGAUUUUCUUUGAGUGAUGUCACUAGAAGAGUCUGUUUUUUUGUUGUUGUUUGUUUUUGUUUAAAAAAAAAAAACAGAUUAUGGAAAAAAUGUUUUAUAAAUUCCAAAGACUACUUCAAAUCCUGUUUAAGUUGCUUUGUGAAGCAGAAUAAAGGAGUUACUCUUAAGGUGU